UGCAAUCAGCGAGAUUUUUUGCAGAAUCGUUGCUUCCCCACCUCUUUUUGCACUGUCUUGAGAGAACAAGAAGAAAAGGCUGUCAGCUCAGGCACGUUACCCGGGGUAAACCCAACAGGAUGCAGGAGGCCAUCUGAACUGCACUUUUUAAACCUGCGGGAACCUCUCCUCUCUACCAUGCCCAGAGAAUGAAGGCUCCUCUAGUCAUGAUGAUGCAAAGGAUAUUACCCUACAUCCUUCUAGUAAUGCUGGCUCAGAGCAACUAUCAAGUUUACGGAUUAAAUGCCACGGAUUGUCCAGGUAAUAUUCAAGUUCAUAGACAGUCCUGGUACAAAGUUAAUGUUGGGAACUCUUUGAUUGUGCGCUGUCCAGUUCAUUACUACAAGAGAAAGCCAGUCAUGCAGUGGUGCAAGAUGGAAGAGGCUACAUGUGUGCAGCUGAAGGAGGGCAAAACAAAAUGGAAGAUCAACGUGUUUACUCUGGAGGUUAUCUCAGUUCAUCAGAAAGACAAUGGAUGUUAUCGUUAUCAAACAGUAGGGGACAACUUACUCAGUGUGAGCCAUGGAAUAGAGGCCACUGUUGAAGAAAAGUCUGCAAAUGCUACCACAGUUUCACCAGGAAAUACCACUAGCAUCCCAGAAGGGUCCCAAGAAUCUGGAAACUACAAGAUAUUGCACAUUAUUUAUGCUUCAGCGUUUGUGGGUCUAUGUUGUCCGUUCAUCAUCGUAUGCAUGUUUUGGUGUCUAAGGAGGCACCAUGCAAAUCCAAAGAAAACUCAAUUAACCCAACAGAGACAAGAGAGUCUGGUCAGAAAUCCAGCGGCAGCUCCGUCCCACACUGCUGGGACAACUCAAGCUUCAGAAGAAAGCUCCUCGCUUUACUAUUGCUCCAUGGCUAGCCCACUGCAGGCCCUGAACAGCAACAGAAUUUGUGACAAUGAUAUCCCUCCUUGGAACCCUCAGAGGACAGCACCUAAUGAACCUUACAAUGAUCCUGUUAUUCCUUUCAGCCCAGUUGUACUUGAAAGCCCAGAUGUCCUCACAUAUGCUACACUAAAUCAUUCUGCUUCUGCAGAAAGAUGCCAGAGAAGGGUUCUAACUGUAGAAAAUGAAUUUACAGAAUAUGCCUCCAUUAAUGUAAAUAAAUAAAUGUGGCAAGGAGUCAGGUUAAUUUCUCACAAAUGGGAGAAUUUUCUAACAUCCUUCUAAGGAUUCAGUUUUUCAUUCCGGUUUACUCUAUCUCCUUUCAAAGUUCUUUGAACACCAUGAAUGUGUAAAGCUAUUAUUAACCAAAAUCAAGUGAAUACUUGUGUGUUUGUGUUUGGGGUUUUUUGGUGGAAGACAGGGAAGGAGGAUACAGUUGUUUUCCUUUUUCAAAGAAUUCUCACACACAAUGUGUGAGAAAAUAGUGCAUAUUGCUUUUGUCCAUGAUGAAUCAGUGGAAAUAACAAAU